GUUUGUCAGUAUGGCCAUCAAGCUUCUGGUCAUUGUCGCCUUCGACUCUGUUUCAAUUGCCUGCGCGCAGCUCGCUCACCACGUCCACACUCUCGACCCCCGCAUCGUGGAUCGUUCUUCCGCUCUUGGUCUUGACCUCGACCUCCUCACCCGUUUCGGCCCCGAGUAUGCAGGAAGGCUGAAGCGCGGUAGUUCUAGAACGAAGACGAAGCAGAAGAAGACGCGGCGGCUCAGUCCGGUGGCUGCUGUGCGCGCAAGUAGCUUCUCGGACAUGGACGACUCUUUGUCCGACUAUAACGAAUCAGAGCCGCUCGUUCCGGAAGUGCUGGGUGAACCUCUGUACAACUCUCCCGCGUCCAUCGAAGCACCCCUUCCUGCUGCCGCUGCCGACGAGCACCCGGCUUCGCCACCAAAUGAAGUGCGCGACGAGGGGGCAGUGGCUGCACGCACGUCCCCCGAAGUUGACCCUCACUUCGUACGACUUAUGGAGAAACUUGUGGCAUCUGGAAAGCGACAGGGCGAAGGCGUCCCGGCUCAAUCUACGCUUGAUGCGAAGAAAAUCGCCCCUCUGCCCCGCCGCGCGCGCCUUGCGACAGGGGGGAAGCAGAAGCAGCAUGGGCAGGCGCCGGAGGUGCCUGAGGGUCAGGAUAAGGAGGAUAUCACGGACGCGCUACAGCUUCCCCCGCCUAAGGCGGACGAGCCUGUGACUUCCACAAUUCCGGCCACGGAUGCGAAUGCUGGUCUUGGUCACAAGCGAUCCCGCGAAGAUGAUGCAACUCCCGCGCAGCUGGAUAAGACUGAAUCGGCGCAGUUUCCGACGUUGAGCUCGAGUCUUUGCGUUCAGCCAAGCCAGUCCCUCGAUGCCUCACGAGCUGAGGAACCGUUAGGAAAUGGUCAACACGGCCCCGGUCCUGCGGCGGAUGCUACGCAAGCCCCCGCGGCUCCGCCGGCACUUGCACAUGCGCGCGCGUCCCACCCGCACUCAGCGCAUCUGCUUUCUUCCAACGAAGUGCUCACUCACCCUAUAGUUAAGGAGAAGCGAUGGAGGAUUCUGGGCAAACUGGGCGAGGGUCACUUCGGGCGCGUGUAUUGUGCCGCAAUGGGUCUCGGCUACGAGCCAAGCGUGGCGAUCAAGCAAGUGUCGAAGGCCGAGUACAUGGCGAUGCACCGGUCAUUGGAAUAUCUGCACAAGGAAAUCGAGG